GAAGUCGCGCCGUGGAGCCAAAUUUGAAGUGAGCGGAGUCGCGGGGCUGCGGCCCCAAAGCUGGACGGGUCGUGGAGUCCUUGAUUAUCUGGGCUUAUCGAGUCCAGUCAUCAUGCCUAUCCGUGCUCUGUGCACCAUAUGCUCCGACUUCUUCGACCAUUCCCGCGACGUGGCCGCCAUCCACUGCGGCCACACCUUCCACCUGCAAUGCCUAAUUCAGUGGUUCGAGACAGCACCAAGUCGGACUUGCCCACAGUGCCGAAUCCAGGUUGGCAGAAGAUCCAUCAUCAAUAAACUUUUCUUUGACCUUGCUCAGGAGGAGGAGAGUGUCUUAGAUGCAGAAUUCUUAAAGAAUGAACUGGACACUAUCAGAGCCCAGCUUUCCCAGAAAGAGAAGGAGAAACGAGACAGCCAGGCCAUCAUUGACACUCUGCGGGACACUCUGGAAGAGCGCAAUGCCACCGUGGAAUCUCUGCAGAAAGCCUUAGACAAGGCUGAAAUGCUGUGCUCCACCCUCAAGAAGCAGAUGAGGUACUUGGAGCAGCAGCAGGAUGAGACCAAACAAGCACGGGAGGAGGCUCGCCGACUCAGGAGCAAGAUGAAGACCAUGGAGAGGAUUGAUCUCCUACUCCAGAGCCAGCGGCCCGAGGUGGAGGAGAUGAUCCGAGACAUGGGUGUGGGACAGUCGGCGGUGGAGCAGCUAGCUGUGUACUGCGUGUCCCUCAAGAAAGAGUACGAGAAUCUAAAAGAGGCACGGAAGGCUUCAGGAGAGCUAGCUGACAAGCUGAGGAAGGACUUGUUUUCUUCCAGAAACAAGUUGCAGACAGUCUGCUCUGAACUGGACCAGGCUAAGUUAGAGCUGAAGUCAGCCCAGAAAGACCUACAGAGUGCUGACAAGGAAAUCAUGAGCCUGAAAAAAAAGCUAACGAUGCUACAGGAAACCCUGAACCUGCCGCCAGUGGACAGUGAGACUGUCAACCGCCUGGUUUUAGAGAGCCCAGCCCCUGUGGAGAUGCUGAACCUGAAGCUUCGCCCACCAGCCUUCAGUGAUGAAAUUGACCUCAAUGCCACCUUUGAUAAGGACACCCCUCCUGCCUGGCCCUCCAGCGUCAAGCAUAGCCACGCCAAGAAGCUCUGCAUAGAAAAGACAUACUCUCCUGUUCAGGACAUUCCCAAGAAGAUGCCCAAAGGCUCGAAGCAGGAGUCCCAGCUCUCACUGGGCGGCCAGUGCUGUGUGGGAGAGCCAGAUGAAGAGCUUGCUAGUGCCUUCCCUAUCUUCAUCCGGAAUGCAGUCCUGGGCCAGAAGCAGCCCAAGAGGACCAGGGUAGAGCCAUGCCGAAGCACAGAUGCGGUAAGGACGGGCUUUGAUGGGCUUGGAGGCCGGACAAAAUUCAUCCAACCUAGUGACAUGACUAUAAUCCGUCCGCUGCCUGUGAAGCCCAAGGCCAAGGCUAAGCAGAGAGUGGGGACAAGGACACUACUCCCUCCCUCCCAGCCCAAGCUCGACGCUUUCCUGUGGUAGUAAGAACAGCAAGUCUCAUUCCUGGCCAGAUACAUGCCUCUAACUUGUCGGCUAAGGACUGGCUCGGCAGAGUGUUUGGGGGUCAUGGCCCCUCUUCUAGAACCAGCUCCAAGGGCAAGGAUAGAGAAGAAGAAGGGGGUAAGGAUGGUAACCAGAGGCUGCUUUUCCUGCACUCUCUGUGCUCCACCCUGGCUAUAUUGGACCUACUUGACCAGCUCACCAUUCGUUCUAGCAGGGCAUGCUCUUGUUCUAGGCUCCCAUUAUAGCCAUGAUCAGAUAUGGCUUGGCUACCUUUGUCCUCCAGACCAGGAUCUUUGUUGACUGUGUGGUCCAAAGUGUUAAAUGCUUCUCAGGCAGCUUUGGUCUGCCCCCUCCCAGACUUGCUGCUCGGCAUGGCCUGGGCCAAGCAGGGUAGGAAUGGGGGAUGGUGGUGGGGAGAGGAUGUGGGAAAGAUUUCUAUGUAAAAUAAAAAGACAGAAUCUCUUCUACCUACUUCUGGAAGUGUAAAUUUGUACCAACCCUUUGGAAAACUGGCAAGCUUUCUAAGGAGGUACCUUCACCUAGACUCAGACCUAGCAUUUCCAUCCCCAGCUAUGUGCCCUCUCAUUGGGUGCAAAGAGACUCUCACAAGAGUGAGAUCACAGCAUGGAGCCUCCCUAGUGGUGCAGGGGGUUGGGACACAACCUAUGAGGCUGUCUACAGCCUCUGCAGCACGGGUUCAGUCCCCAGCCGGGGAGCUACUCACAUGGCGCAGCGGACCUCUCCUGUCUCGCCCACUACUCCCCUCAGCAGUGUACUUCGGUCAAUCUGCCUGUUCUGCUUCCCACUCUGUCUCUGGUGAAUCCUCUCACCCCCCACACCUCUGGCCUGUACCCCAGUUCUUGUAUGCAUA